AUGGCAGUCUUUGCCAAAACCUUUUUCCAAGUUGUCUACUCUCACAAAGAGCUAUUGUUGAAGAAAGAAAGAGCUGUAGGAGGCACCAUUAAAGAGAUUCUUUUUUGUGAUAACGGACAAAACUGGUUCCCAUAAACCCAACGGACAGAAAACUAUACCGUACCGUUCAGCGCUACAGUAAUCUAUGCUUCCGGAGAGUCAUUAGCUUGGGCAUCGCCUGUUGGUAAAAAAGAGGUGUUGCGUUCAGGCUCAUACAAAUUCCCAUUUGUUUUCACUCUACCAAUCACUUGCGCACCCAGUUUUGAAGGUACAUAUGGCUAUAUCCGAUAUAUGGUUAAAGUAGAACUUGAUCGACCAUGGCGAUUCAACAAAACCGACAAGAAACUUUUUACAGUGGUUCCCAUUUUUGACCUAAAUACAAUUCCACGAGCAUGUAUGCCAGUUAGAGAGGUUAAAGUUAAGAACUUGGGUAUAGUUCUGUUCAGAAGUGGUAAAGUGACGAUAGAG